GAAGAGAAGUUUUCAGUUAGCUGAAAAUUUUAAAACAACUGAAUUCAUAGCCUCAAGUUGAUCUUCCGGAAUUAACUUGCAACUUUGAAAAAAAAAAAAAACCUAAAUUAAAAAAAUCUCUUGAUGUGUUAAAAUUUAAAAAUGGCUGUCGUGAGUGUCAGUGCGGUGUCUCUCCACCCACACCCUUCCGGCGCUCAUCCUCCCACUGUAUUAUUUCUGAAACCGAAACACAGUCACCGUCUCUUCAAACCCUGCCGCCCGUCGUCGCCGCUGCCGUUGCCGCCACCGCCGCCGCCUUCUUUCAGGACUGCAGCCUCUCCAUCGGACGGAACUGAAGACAGAGUAGCUGCUGAGAAAGAUCCUCCCGCUGCCUUCUCCGGUUCAUUAUCCUCUACUCGGACACAAUUGGAUCUCUUAGGUCAACUCACUUCCGCAAGCUCAUUCGACGAUGGACCAGGAUAUGAAAGUGACAGUAGCUCUCGGAAGCUCACAGUCAAAGAUCAGCUGGCACAAAUUGUCGGGGAUCGAGAUGAUGAUUUCAGCAUUCCUCUGGGGAAAAAUCUGAAGAAGUUUAGUGCCAAGUUCCUUACGAUCGCGCAGAAGAGAAACAUCAAAAGGCAAGCUUACCUUGAAGAACUAUCCCAGAGGAAUGAUACCGCUUUCUUUGCCACGAUCGCAGCGUUCGUCAUUUCCCCACCCCUUAUCAUAUUAGGGAUUGCUAUAGCGAUUGGCUAUGUGCAGCUUUUUCCAUGACAAACACCUUAAACUAAAUAUAGUGAAAUCAUAAUUUUAAGAAAUCUUUAUUGUAUUC